AUGCCGCUUAGCGUAUCACUCGCCGCGCGCCUUUCCCGCUUAGCGCCUGACCCGCUGCGCGCCUCUCCCGCGCAACGAAUCACUCGCUGCGCGCCUCUCUCGCGUAGCGCCUCACCCCCUCGCCCCCACUGCUCCCCUUCAUUUCCCCUCCUGCUCCUUCUCACUUCCCCCACUGGUCCCCUUCAUUUCCCCUCCUGCUCCUUCUCACUUCCCCCACUGCUCCCCUUCAUUUCCCCUCCUGCUCCUUCUCACUUCCCCCACUGCUCCCCUUCAUUUCCCCUCCUGCUCCUUCUCACUUCCCCCACUGCUCCCCUUCAUUUCCCCUCCUGCUCCUUCUCACUUCCCCCACUGCUCCCCUUCAUUUCCCCUCCUCCUCCCUCUCAUUUCCCCCCUUACUCCUCUCAUCUCCCCCCCUCCUCCCUCUCAUUUCCCCCCUUGCUCCUCUCAUCUCUCCCCCUCCUCCCUCUCAUUUCCCCCCUUGCUCCUCUCAUCUCUCCCCCUCCUCCCUCUCAUUUCCCCCCUUGCUCCUCUCAUCUCUCCCCCUCCUCCCUCUCAUUUCCCCCCUUGCCGCCUCUCAUCUCUCCCCCUCCUCCCUCUCAUUUCCCCCCUUGCCGCCUCUCAUCUCUCCCCCUCCUCCCUCUCAUUUCCCCCCUUGCUCCUCUCAUCUCUCCCCCUCCUCCCUCUCAUUUCCCCCCUUGCCGCCUCUCAUCUCUCCCCCUCCUCCCUCUCAUUUCCCCCCUUGCCGCCUCUCACUUCCACCCUUGCUUACUCUCGCUUCCCCGCUUCCCUCUCAUUUCCCUCCUUCACCCCUUCAUUUCCCAACCUAAACCCUUAUUUUCCCCACCUUGCUCCCCGUCAUUUCCCCCCCUUCUCCCCUUAUUUUCCCCACCUUGCUCCCCUUCAUUUCCCUCCCAGCUCUGGCAUAGCCCCACUGCCCUCCCGUCCUUUUCAUCUUCCCUCCCUUACAGGGUGGAUCCCUUGCAAAAUACUGCCCCCCACUCGCUCCCUUCCAUUCUCCCUUCCACGCUCUCCCAUCGCCAUGCCUUAAUUUCUCAUCCCCCCUCCUUCCAGGGUCAUCUCACCUCCCAUGAGAUCCCACUCGCUCCUUCAGUCCCUGCUAAUGUAGCAGCAGCUCCCACGAGGAGUUGGAGCUGGGAUGAUCUUGCAAGAACAGCGGCAGGUGCAUGGGCAGCAACAGCAGAACCAAGAGCGAGUGAGCCCUGCUGCGGUCUCACAGCCGAGCGCGCUCAUGAGUGCGCAAGCCGCAGGAGAUGCAGCAUGCGGGGUCUCUCACGCUGGGUGCACACUAUCGAAGCAGCCAUGUCAGCAGUGGACUGGGGAGCGAGCAGGGUGUGA